UUGUGAAUGAUAGAUGGUGUAACUCUGGGCACAUCACUAUUAAAGAGCAACUCUGCUGCAAAGACAUUGAACUGUUAGCCGUUAGCAUGAGACCGUACUAUCUGCCGCGGGAAUUCUCGCACGUUAUCGCGAUAGCGGCGUACAUUCCCCCCUCUGCUAACGCCGACGCGGCCUGUGACGUCAUCCACUCUGCCGUGGGCCGGCUACAGACACAACAUCCGCAGGCUCUCCUUCUUCUCUCAGGUGAUUUCAACCACGCUUCUCCAUCCUCCACCCUGCCCACCUUCACCCAGUAUGUCACCUGCUGCACCAGAGACAAUAAAACACUGGACUUGUGUUAUGCCAACACCAAGGAGGCAUACAAUUCAACAGCACUUCCUCCCCUGGGAAGAUCAGACCACAACCUGGUACAUCUCCAGCCUGUGUACAAACCUCUGGUACGCAGGCUGCCAGCUGUGUCCCGCACAGUGAAGAGAUGGUCUGAUGAAGCCGACGAGGCUCUGAAGGAUUGUUUCAACACAACAGUGUGGGAGGAACUCUGCCAUCCUCAUGGGGACGAUAUAGACAGUCUCACUGACUGCGUCACAGACUACAUAAACUUCUGUGUGGAAAACACUGUACCCACCAGGACUGUACGGUGUUUCUCCAACAACAAACCGUGGAUUAAUCCGGACAUAAAGGCUCUCCUAAAGGAGAAGAAGAGGGUCUUUAAGUCAGGAAAUAGGGAAGAGCUGAAGGCUGUGCAGAAGGAGCUGAGGAGGAAAAUCAGGGAGGGGAAGGACUGCUACAGGAAAAAGAUGGAGGAACAGCUGCAGCAGAACAACGUCAGAGGAGUCUGGAGAGGCCUGAAAACCAUCUCUGGCCACAAGGGGCCCGACUCCCAGGCUGCUGGGGACCAGGUAAAGGCUAACGAUCUGAAUCUAUUUUUCAACAGGUUUGAUCAACCAUCUGCCCAUCCCCCGGCCCAGCACCUCCUGCCGAAACUUCUGCCGAAACUCCCCCCAUCGACACCUCGAGUGGACAGCCCUACCCCCACCUCCCCCUCCUGCACACAGCCAUCCCCCACCACUUCUCACCUAAUCAGCUCAACCUCCUCACUAACCUCCCCCCGCACACAGCCCCCCUGCUCCAACCUGACCCUCACAACAUCCCAGGUGAGAAACCAGCUCCGGAAGACCAAGGCGAGGAAGGCGGCGGGACCAGACGGCAUCAGCUCCAGGCUCCUGAAGUCCUGCGCGGACGAGCUGUGCGGGAUUGUUGAGCACAUCUUCAACCUGAGCCUGAAGCUGGGGAGGGUGCCACAGCUGUGGAAGACAUCCUGCGUGGUUCCUGUCCCCAAGACGCCGCACCCCAAGGACCUCAGCAGCUACAGGCCGGUGGCACUUACAUCACACCUGAUGAAGACCCUGGAGCGGCUGAUCCUUGACCAUCUCCGCCCCCUGUGCGUUCAACACCAUCCAGCCAGCACUUCUGAGGGACAAGCUGGAGAACACAGGGGUGGACCUGCACCUCACAUCGUGGAUACUGGAUUACCUCACCAACCGUCCACAGUAUGUGAGGACACGGGACUGUGUGUCCGACACAGUUGUCUGCAGUACGGGGGCUCCGCAGGGAACGGUCCUGGCUCCGUUCCUUUUCACCCUCUACACAGCAGACUUCUCCUACAACACACCAACCUGCCACCUGCAGAAGUUCUCUGACGACUCUGCAAUUGUUGGCCUCAUCACAGAUGGGGACGACUUGGAGUACAGAGGACUGACACAGGACUUUGUGGACUGGUGCCAGCGGAACUGCCUCCAGAUCAACACGGGGAAAACCAGAGAGCUGGUGGUGGAUUUCCGCAGG